UUCGAACAAAAAAGAAAUGAACUAGCGAGUGGUGUAAAAGGGAGAUAACUUGAUCGUUGAAACGAUUGUUCUCUCCCAAUAAAUAACAUUUAUAUGUUUUUUCACUCUCAAAAGCUGUGUAAAUAUAUUGUUUUUUUUUCCUUCUCUACCUUCAUUUCCUACAAAACAUUUAAUUUACAAACAAUAUUUUUUCCCAUUUUAAUACUUCUAAUUAAAUAAAAUACAUUAUCAAAAUAUAUUUAUGGCAUUUUCCCGGUCAAAGUUAUUUUAAACAAACAAAAACUAAAUGUUCAAUCUUUACGAUUUUUCAGUUAUUCAUAAUAUUUGGGAAGCAGUUCAUAUAUGCGGUCCACGUGACACUCAGCCAUAUUUAAUAAACUCGCCAUCAAACGAAUAUAAUGACCAACAAAUAAAUGUGUUAGAUCUCACCUCUAUCAUCAAUCCCAACUUAAAAAAUAAAAACAACAAGCGGACCGGUAUUUCGAGAAAGCAUUAUGGCAGUGUUGAAACGCUUAAAAGCCACGAAAUGCCUGAAGGCUAUACAAAUUACCCUACGAGGUUCAAGGUAGAAUAUGGCGAAUUCGAUAAUAGUCAGACGAUAUCUGCUCCUCCUAACACACCUGUCCAUCUCGAAAACCCCGAAUUUCAAACAAGAUGGUAUUUCAAAUACUUUUUAGGAAAAAUGCAUCAAAAUUUCAUCGGAAUAUACGGGCCCGAAAAAGGUGAUAUUUUUAUCCUUUCCAUAGUUUUAACCGACGCCAACAAUCAUAACGUACCUCAGUAUAGAGCUAUUCUUUGGACUAAAAAGGGAGCAGAAAAGAUGUGCUUACCUUAUAUCCCGAACAAGGCAUUAUCGACUAAAGCUAUACUUUCCGCCUUUUCCUCUAUCGAUAAAAUCGAAGGUCCCAGAGAAAUUACGAACCCAAAUCUGCAAAAAGAUCUGGCAAUACUAGAAGAACAAGAAGGUUCAAUCAAUUUCAAGUUCGGAGUUGUUUAUGCUAAACAUGACCAAAAAUCUGAUGACGAAAUGCUAAGCAACGAACAUGGAAGCGAGGAUUUUAACAAGUUUCUCAAUCUCUUAGGCCAAAAAGUCAAGUUAAAAGGGUGGACAAGAUUUCGCGGUGGAUUGGAUAUAAAAAAUAAUACCACUGGAGAAGAUACCAUCUUCACUCUCUACGAAGGAAACGAAAUCAUUUUUCACGUUUCGACAAUGCUCCCAUAUUCACACGAUAACUCUCAACAACUAGAAAGAAAACGUCAUAUAGGCAACGAUAUAGUGGUCAUCAUCUACGAGGACGGGGAUGAACCUGGUCAUCACGAAAAACCUACAUUUCAGCCAGGGAUGUUUAAAUCUCAAUUCACGCAUAUAUUCGCGCUAGUAACAUUUUUGAAGGAAAAAAACAGCUACAGGUUAGAAGUAUUCUCCGAAGAAAACGUUCCAAUAUUCGGUCCACCGCUUAGGAACUCUCCCGAGUUUCCAAAUCACCAAGAAUUCCGAGAUUUCCUAUUGGUUAAACUAAUCAAUGGUGAAAAAGCCGCUUUUAAUACCCCUAUUUUCAAAUUGAAACGCGAAAGGACGUUGGACAUGUUGCUCCAUAAUUAUUACGAUAUACAUGUCGGAAGUAGCGAAAUAUUUAAGCCAGAAAAGAACCAUCUGAUGUACAGGCGGGCUUUGAGUGACGUUUUUAUCGAAUCUCCUAAAGCAAACAAGAGAAAGGAAGAUGUUAAACAAGUCGAAUUUUUGAGAACUGGACAGAUACUAAAACUAAACACCAUUGUUAAAGGGGAUGCGCCAACCAAUAUCUCUGCUAGCAGCUUACUGAGACGCGAACCCUGGGAACCUAAUUGCUUUUACGCCAACUACAUGCACGAAAUUAUCAGCGGAGACUCUUUCGGUUCGAAUCUCGUUAUAGUGACAAAAGAUGCCGGAAUAUUCUUAUUUGAAGAAGGCUGUGAGCCACGCAUGCUUUUCGACAAAUCUGUGACGGCAAAACAAUUAUCGGUUUUUGAGGAACAUGGAAUACUCAUAUUUCUAUCUAAUAGGGGCAGGGAAUCGAAAAUAAUCGUAUAUAAGUUGAAGGACUUCGUAGGCCAAGAAAACCAAACUCUGAUACGCAAUCGUAAUCAGUGUAAAGAAAAUAAAAUCGAGACCACUCGAGGGUGCCAUAUGUACGCGGCAAAUAGACCAUCUUCCACAAGAUUGAAAGUGGCCGUUUGUAUAUCUAAAAAACUCCUGUUGAUGGAGUGGAAACAUUUGGCUUACUGGUCGUCGUGGUACCCUCAAAGUGAUUUCGAUAUCGUAGAAGGGUUUCAAUACAUAAAGGAAAUAACUUUGCCAGACGUUCCCCAGGCGAUGGUUUGGUUGGACGCGGAAAAGGCUGAAAAUACUUAUAUAUGCGCCGGUUACAAGAAUUAUUUCGAUAUAAUAAAUGAAUCAUCGUCACAUUUGGAAAGACUAUUGACUAUAGACAACAAAACUAACAACAACAUAUUGAAUAUCAUCGAUGUGACUGAAGACAAUGAAUUCGAAGUUAUGCUCUGCUACAAUCGAAACGUAUAUUUUAAAAAGCCUUUUGAAGAAGAAGAAGAAUGUUACGAAUUUCGCUGGAACUCCAUCCCAGACUCUAUAGUGUGCACUUUUCCUUAUAUACUGGGAUUCACUUCGAACGGUAUCGAAAUACGGUUAGCGAUAAAUGGGAACCUGGUGGAUACGAUUGAAUUACCCAGUGUUAAACUGAUAUGUUCUAAAAAUGAUAUUUUCUUCGACUCACCUGUCCCUGACGCUUACGUAGUUAUGCGAUCGCGGGAAAAAGAGAAGGAGAAUAUGCAUUCCCAAAAUCAAGCCGGAAGUAGUUUUAAUUAUAACGUUAAUCAAAAUAACAACACUUGGGACACUAAUUUUAGUUGCAAUAGUCCACCAAUAUCACCCUCGACCAAAAUCCCUAUUCACAUUUAUCAAAUAUCCAUAAACUCCUUUCUGGGCACGCACAAUAAUUAUGCUUACAACAAUAAAACCCACAAUGUCACUCGACAUUCGAGCGCUUGCAACGAGAACAAUUUGAAUCUGGUAUCUCCUGCUACCAUUAGGCGGAGGCGAAGACAACCCCCAUUCCCAGAUAGUAACACGUGCCCUUCCGAUAUAAAUCAUGGAAUUGAAUGUAAAGACCUCGCAAACGAUCAUCUUAGCUACACCUCCUCUAACUCGGCUUCCCUUGACACAAAAUGUGGCAACAAAGACACUCCUAAUUUCUCCGUGGAAUCAUCCGAUAUCUUCCUCCAAAUGAAAAAUGGAGUUAUGGGACCACCCGUAAAGGGAGAAUUCCGCUCUUGCACAUCAGCAAGCGAAAACUUAGGCGACCACCAAGUGGUCAAUAACAAUAAUACUUUGAAGAAAAAGGCUCAAAACAUUUCCAUCAGUUCAACCACAAAAUCCCAAGGAGCUCAAAGGGUUAUUCCGGAAACCAGAAGCUCUCGGCAAUCGGUUACUCAAAAUAAAAGGGUUUCUAAGUCGGAGUUGAAAAAUUUGAUAAUCUCGGGAAAAAACGAAUCAAAAAAAAAGCAUUCCUAUUCCUAAAAAAAUUUUAUUUUUUUUCUCUCUUUAUUUUAUGAAGUUAUUUUGUUAACUUUUAAUUCUUUUUUUUUCAUGACCCUAACCCUUAUUAUUUUUUUAAAAAAUCAACUUUCGAUUUUUUGAGUUUAAAAAAUAUUAAUUUUAUAUAUAUAUUAAUAUUAUAUUGGGAUAUGAAUCCAUGGUGUAAUAACUAAUGACAAUUCUUAAAUUUGAAAAUGUGAUUUGAUCGUUUCAGCAAUUUUUGGUGUACCCACAAUAUGAAAUUCAAGUAAUUUUGCAGUGAUCCCUUCAACUACUUUUUGUUUAUUUUAAAUCAUCCCAAUAUUUCUUGUUCUAAUAUACCCCCUUUUUUUACCUUUUAAACAUGUUUCAUGCCCUUGAUAUUUUUAUUACUUUAUUGGUAAUUCGACAAUACAAAUAAAUUCUUCGAUAAUUUUAAAUGGAAGAAUAACUAAAAAAUAAAAAUAUAAUAAUGGUUUUUCACUUUUUUUUCUUCUUUUAUAUAUUGAUCCUAAAAAUUAAUAAUAUUGCCAAAAUUAAUAAUAUUACAAAAAUUAACAAUAUAACACAAAUUAAUAAUAUAACACAAAAUAAACAAUAUAACACAAAAUAAACAAUAACACAAAAUUAUAAUAAACUACAAAUAAGCAUGUCGAUUGUAAUAGUUUAUAUUAAUUUUUUUAUCAAUCAUUUAAACUAAAUAAUGCAUUCAUGGCGACAAUUAUCUGAAGUUUAUACAGUAACUUAAUAUAUUUCGGUCAAAUCUGAUAUUUAAAAUUGUCCCCAGUUAAUUAUUUAAAAUCGAGGGAUUUCUAAUCCCAAUGAAUUCCAUAUCACAAUUAUGACAUAUAAAAAAAUUAUAUUUUAUUGUUCGUUCUAGAUUGGAUUUCCAAUAAAUUAUAAGUAUAAAAUAUGUCCCAAACUCCGUCACAAAUUUUUAGAAUUUAUUGUUGGUUUUUUUUUAAAAUUAAAUUUUUAUAGGAUUUAUAUUUUAAGGUUUAGUUGUAAAAUAAAUCCAAAAUAAAAUCUAUUAACUAUUAAAUCAAAUUAUCAUUGAUAUAACAAAAAAAAAUUCAGAAUCCUAAAAAUAUGAUCAAUUAUCUUUUUAAAACAUUUAUAUGUUUUAUCGGAUAUUUGUUGGGACCUUAUAUACUUAUACCGACCGAUUAUAAAUGCAUUAUUCAAUUAAUUAUUAUAUCAUCCAUUUAUAGAAAAAAAAAUCUAUAUUGA